GGUCGUUUGAUGCAUUCCAUUCGUCUUGCAGAAUGUCUUUUCCUCGUUCAAGUUACGAUCCCCGUAGGUUUAAUCUAGGAAAACACAGACGUACGAUCGGAAUUUAUCUUGCCGGGGCAUUGUUUGCGCUUGCCAACUGGACGUUUCUCGACGCUGCCAUACUCUCGGCCCAUGCUCAUCCCCCCUAUGACGAACCACAGAUCCCGCCCCCUGUUCAUGUCGCCUUCGUCGACUGGGUACCGGGCAUUUGCUCGCUGCUUGGGAUGCUCAUAAUCAACCUCAUUGACAAGGACCGUAUAAAGGGUGAUGACGGAUUUGGAGAUCCUGGCGCAGUUUGGCGGGCACGUCUCUUCCUGUUUAUCGGAUUUGCCUUUAUGGCAGGAGGACUUGCUGGUAGCGUGUCGCUGCUGGUACUUAAGUACAUCAUGCACGACUACCCAGAACAAUACACCUACUACGGCUACGCCAACGUAUCGCAAAAUGUGGCGCUCAUGCUUUCAGCAGUUGUGUUGUGGAUUGCACAGAGCGUGCAUGAGGAGUAUGACUACCAGCUCUCGCUCUGAAUGCGACAUGGUAGAUGAUACUAGACUGUUGAACUACCUACAACUUUCGUCUUGUAUCUUUUUCCUUUCUUCUUUCUCUGCGUUUUUGGAUCUCGGACUGAUGUAGCGCCCCUGCAUGCGCAAGGAGGUGUACUGAAGACGUGUAUCCAGAUGUUAAAUCAUUUCGAACGCUGGCGGAUUCCCAUUGCGGUCUCUUGUUAGGAUUGCAAUGAGUUCGUUGCAAUGUUAUGACCUAUUCCAUGGCAGCGUUUUGGGGUUUGGCCAUCUUGGUUUCAACCUCCCAGCUCCCCGUACUUGUGCUCAGUCCCUUGUGCGUUCCUGCUAUGCUUCCCAAACAAGUGCCCCGGCAAUAUUCCUCCGUCCCCGACGCCGGUUCCCCUUGCCUGCAAUAAUGCUCGUUCCUGUUCCCGUAGUUCAUAGACUCGGUCACACCAGGUCCGCCUUUCGCUGUCUGGCUUUUUUCG